AGAGAGUGCGUGCGUGCGUGCGUGUUUGCGUGUAGCCACAGUUCCCGCCAUCAGCGGCUUUAGGUGUGUUGGGGGAGAGAACGGCCUCGGUGUCUGAGGCCAGGGGAGCGCCUUCCUUCUGAGUUCUUCGGCUCCUCCCACUCCGCGGGAACUCUGUGCUUCCGGCAGGCUUGUCUCGCGCUGGGACCCUCUGGCACAGCUGAGUUGAUGACUCCUGAAGUGGCCUCUGAUCGAGCUGAAGAAUAUGAGUAGUUUCUCAAGAAAAGGGUGUUGCUUUUGGCACAAGAAGCAGAAUAAAGGUGAAUUAUUAUUAUGUGGAACUUUUCAAUAAAGGUCACUGAAAAUAACUUUAGGCUUUGAACUAGAAGACCCCAGACUAGUUGUCUCCUGCCUUCAGAAUCUGUCAGGUGAACAUAUAUUUUUGCUUUUUAAUUGGUUAAAAGCAAUUUAUUUUUAAAGAAAAUAUGUCUCCCCUGAAGAUAUAUGGUCCUAUAAGAAUUCGAAGUAUGCAGACUGGGAUUACAAAAUGGAAAGAAGGAUCCUUUGAAAUUGUGGAAAAAGACAAUAAAGUCAGCCUAAUAGUUCACUACAACACUGGAGGAAUUCCAAGGAUAUUUCAGCUAAGUCAUAACAUUAAAAAUGUGGUACUACGACCUAGUGGAACAAAACAAAGUCGCCUAAUGUUGACUUUACAAGAUAACAGCUUCUUGUCUAUUGACAAAGUACCAAGUAAGGAUGCAGAGGAAAUGAGAUUGUUUCUAGAUGCCGUCCAUCAAAACAGACUUCAUGCAGCUAUGAAACCAUCUCAAGGGUCUGGUAGUUUUGGAGCUAUUCUGGGCAGCAGGGCCUCUCAGAAGGAAGCUAACAGACAGCUUUCUUAUUCAGACAAUCAGGCCUCUUCAAAAAGAGGAAGUUUAGAAACUAAAGAUGAUACUCCACUUCGAAAAGUUCUUGGCAAUCCUGGUAGAGGAUCCAUUAAGACUAUAGCUGGAAGUGGAAUGGCUGUUACCCGGACGGUUCCUUCUUUGACACUGACAUCAACACCUCUUAGAUCAGGAUUAUUGGAAAACCGCACUGAAAAAAGAAAGAGAAUGUUAUCUGGAUCAGAGCUGACUGAAGAUUAUCCUAAGGAAAAUGACUCAUCAUCGAACAACAAAGCUAUGACAGACCCUUCAAGAAAAUAUUUAACCAGCAGUAGAGAAAAGCAGCUGAGUUUGAAACAGGCAGAAGAAAACCGAACAUCAGGACUUUUACCUUUGCAGUCAUCCUCAUUUUAUGGGAGCAGAGCAGGAUCCAAGGACUACUCUUCUGGUGGCAUUAACCUAGACAGGAGUAAUGUUUCAAGUCAGACUCCUUCUGCCAAAAGAAGCUUGGGGUUUCUUCCUCAGCCAGCUCCUCUAUCAGUUAAAAAACUGAGGUAUAACCAGGAUUACACAGGCUGGAACAAACCUAGAGUGCCCCUUUCCUCUCAUCAUCAGCAGCUGCAGGGAUUCUCCAACUUGGGAAAUACAUGCUAUAUGAAUGCUAUCUUACAAUCUCUGUUUUCACUCCAGUCAUUUGCAAAUGAUUUGCUUAAACAAAGUAUCCCAUGGAAGAAAAUUCCACUCAAUGCACUUAUCAGACGCUUUGCCAACCUGCUUAUUAAAAAAGAUAUUUCUAAUUCAGAGACCAAAAAAGAACUGCUUAAGAAGGUUAAAAAUGCUAUUUCAGCUACUGCAGAGAGAUUCUCUGGCUAUGUGCAAAAUGAUGCUCAUGAAUUUUUAAGUCAGUGCUUAGAUCAGCUGAAGGAGGAUAUGGAAAAACUGAACAAAACUUGGAAGACAGAACCUGUCCUUGGAGAAGAAAAUUCACCAGAUACUUCAGCCACCAAAGUGUUCACUUGCCCUGUUAUUACGAACUUAGAGUUUGAGGUUCAACACUCCAUUAUCUGUAAAGCAUGUGGAGAGACUAUUCCUAAAAGAGAACAGUUUAAUGAUCUCUCCAUUGACCUUCCUCGGAGGAAAAAGCCGCUCCCUCCUCGUUCAAUUCAAGAUUCUCUUGAUCUUUUCUUUAGGGCAGAAGAACUUGAGUACUCCUGUGAAAAGUGUGGUGGAAAGUGUGCUCUCGUCAGACACAAAUUUAUCAGGCUGCCCAGGGUCCUCAUUCUUCAUUUGAAACGAUACAGCUUCAAUGUGGCUCUCUCACUUAACAACAAGAUCGGGCAACAAGUCAUCAUUCCAAGAUACCUGACCCUGUCAUCUCAUUGCACUGAAAAUACAAAGCCACCUUUUACUCUUGGAUGGAGUGCACAUAUGGCAAUUUCUAGACCUUUGAAAGCCUCUCAAAUGGUGAAUUCCUGCAUCACCAGCCCUUCUACACCUUCAAAGAAAUUUACCUUCAAACCCAAGAGCUCCUUGACUUCAUGCCUUGAUUCUGACAGUGAGGAUGAACUUAAACGGUCUGUGGCCCUCAGCCACAGACUUUGUGAUAUGCCAGGCAAUGGACAGCAGCAGGAAGAUGUGGAAAAGGAUUUGAAAUUGGGCAGAAUAGAGCCUGGGAAGUCCGAACUGGAGAACUCAGGGUUUGACAGAAUGAGUGACGAAGAGGUGCUGGCAGCUGUGUUAGAGAUAAGUAGGAGAGAAGCUUCGCCGCUGUUCAGUCAUGAAGAUGAUGAUAAGCCAACCAGCAGCCCGGACACUGGAUUUGCAGAAGAUGAUAUUCAAGAAAUGCCUGAUAAUGCAGAUGCUAUGGAGAUACAGAAACCCAAAACAGUCACUGAGCCAGAUCCUACUAGUUUUACUGAGAUAACAAAAGACUGUGAUGAGAAUAAAGAAAACAAAACUCCAGAAGGCUCUCAGGGAGAGGUGGAUUGGCUCCAGCAAUAUGACAUGGAGCGGGAAAGAGAAGAGCAGGAGCUUCAACAAGCACUGGCCCAGAGCCUUCAAGAACAAGAGGCUUGGGAACAAAAAGAAGAUGAUGACAUCAAAAGGGCCACAGAGCUCAGUCUUCAAGAGUUUAACAACUCUUUUCUGGAUUCCCUGGGCUCAGAUGAGGACUCUGGAAAUGAGGAUGUUUUUGAUAUGGAGUACACAGAAGCUGAAGCCGAGGAGCUGAAAAGAAAUGCUGAGACAGGAAAUCUUCCUCAUUCCUAUCGGCUCAUCAGUGUUGUCAGUCACAUUGGGAGCACCUCUUCCUCAGGUCAUUACAUUAGCGAUGUAUAUGACAUUAAGAAACAGUCAUGGUUCACUUACAAUGACCUGGAGGUCUCUAAAAUCCAAGAGGCUGCGGUACAGAGUGAUCGAGACCGGAGUGGCUAUAUCUUCUUCUAUAUGCACAAGGAGAUCUUUGAUGAGUUGCUGGAGACAGAAAAAAACUGUCAGGCACUUAGCGUGGAAGUGGGGAAAGCUGCCCGUCCAGCCUCGUGAGGAGCGAACUCCUGGGCUGGCAACAUGAACUGCAUUUCUCUUUCACUGCCACCCACUUCACCUUUCUUCUGCCCGAAGAGAAUUUAGAAUUCUACUUGAUGCAGGAGCAACAAACAGCUCAGGGCCAAACCAAAAGACAAAAUUCAGUCAUGUGCAACGCUCCAUGCUGUUUUAUGGAAACCUUGGUCUCAUCUAUAGCUGAUUAUCCUCUUUCUCUCCUACAAGAGUGACGCUUCCUUUUGUCUUAGGAAUACAUGUUGUAAAUAUAUAUAUAUGUACAUACCCACACACAUAUAUGGAAUGGAUAGGGCCUUAAAGAGCUAGUAUGAGCCACCAGAAGUAGUAUACCUGCUCACAAUGAAUGCCACAGCUGCUUGGAGGAGAAAUCAAAGUGUCCAAGCACAUUCAACUGAGGAAGGUGUGAAGAUGCACAUACCAUUUGGCUUUUAACUUUUUUUUUUUUUUUGAGUGACUUCACUCAAGUCCAACCUUUCAUAUGUUUGUUAUGAGUAAAUUUACUGGAAAGCCAGUUACACUAAUAACAGUUUAUUUUCCUUGCGAGGCAUUUCUGUAGUCCGAUUUGAGUUUUGUUUUUCUUUUGAUUUUGUAACUUGUGCUGUUUACAUGCAGUUUACAAAAAACGGAUUGUUGGUGCUUUGGAAUGUUAUAGUCCUACACUUCCUAUUUAUUAUGCACUUGGCAUUUUCUUUCAGAGAUGCCUCCACAGUGUGUUCAUCAUCCUCUUCCAUGUUGUGGUGGCAAAGCUAGAAGCUCAUAUUUACUUCUGUAUCAUUUUUCUAUGGAGCAGACAUGACCCCCAAUGGAUUAAAACCUCAAUUAUAAAAGGCUCAAAGGCAGUGUGAUUCAACAGGGACUCUCUGACAUGGAAGGAUGCUCAUCUCUGCCUCCCAGGCAAUGAAAAACAAAAGACAUGCCACUGCUUUUUACAGUGCAAACUCUGGACCGCUAAAGCUAAAAGUUAAACACUGUGUUGCAAGGGUGAAGUAGAGGGUAAGAAUUAGGAGAAUAGCUGUGGGUCAUUCCAGGAGCUAUCAAAGGUGCACAAUACAUCUCUUACUUCUAGGUGCUCAGAGAUGAGACCAAGUGGCAGUGACUGGCAAGUACUGUGUUAGUCACUUAGCCAACGUAACCUGCCUGAUUAAGCAGCUAAUGAAACCAUACAAAGAAUUGUCAGUUCAAGUUAGCAAAAUGAAACCUGCAUUCGUUUCCUUCCCCAUUUCUUUUAUUAUUAAUGGUGCUGUGAGUUCUAAGGUAUGAAACCAUAUCAUAUUUUCAGGGGGUUUUAAAACCCAUUACUGAAGAUACAACAUCUUCUGUGGAAGAUUGUAUUGGGAGAGCUCCAGCAGACUCUUGGAACCUUGGUGCGGUCUUAGAUAAUCACCUCUUCCAGAGGUCUGAGUCGGGCAGGUGUGCCUCAGUGCUUGCUUGGCUACUGAUAAACUCCGACUCCUACCAUCUACCAGCAUACAUUAUCACAGUGACUGUUCCAAAGGCACAGGUAGGGUAUGCAGUAGCUUACUACAGAGAAAAAUACUUGUGUUUAAAACUAACUUUAAGUUGUGUUGUUUGACCUCUGCCAGGAGCCUCGUUGUGUUGUUUUGUUUUGUUUUGCUUGAAAGCGACUGGUCAUCUCAAGUGCAGUGGUAGGCUUGUGCUUUAGCGUGUUCUCUCCCGUCCUACACUGGAGAGCUUUCAGCUGGUGAAAGGGUAAGAGGUUUGAUGUGAGCUCUGCAUUAUGGCAUGGGGGAAGAUAGAAAUAACACCCUGAGCCUGCUUUGCCUCCUGGGCAGCCACAUUUGAGUUGUUUUCAUGGCUUAUGUGCGUGUUGGCUUAGAAGUACACUGGGCACAGAACCUGAUUUGGUUUGACUUCUACAUCUUGAACAUGACUUGUUAGUUGAAAAUAAGUUAGUACUUGCAAAUUUAGGACUUGAAUUUUACAUUCUGUCCAUACUAUGGCCUUGUCAGCCUUUCCCUGCUCCCUUCAUUCCUUUAAUUUGCCCACUUGACUCCAAAUGGCAAUUUCACCUAGACUAUAUUGAUGAGGGUAGUGGUUGUUCUAAGUUGGCUGUGUAUAUUAUAAAAUUAUUAAUAAUAUAUUCCCUUUUUUUUUAACACUGUGAUCACAGAAUUUGGGGAUAGAGCAGCUAAUAUGCUGGGCUAGGAAGAGACAAAUUAUUAGAUAGGAGCAGAGGGCAUCAGUUCCCUUCAGUUGGCAUAAUAACCUUCCUAUGUAAAAUGCCAAAUGUGUGGUUGCAUUACCUUAAAUGACUGAGCUGGAAUUCUAUAGCAAUUAGUACUCUAUGCAAUCUUUUCAUCUUAGCCAAGAUUUUUUUGGAAGAAGAGAAAAUAAAUUAGAAAGUUUAUUUUGUUUUUCCCCUCGUGUUAUGCAGAGUUAAAAAGCUGCUUGUGAACAAUAUUUAUUUUGGUAGCUAAGGCUAUCAUUUAGGUCUCUGGGGAGGCUGUACCCUUGCUUUGUAGGAUAGAUGUGUAUACACACAUACGCUCAUAAAUUUUGUCCCAGCAGCAGAAUCCAUGAACUGUUCUGUUUAUAUUCUGAUUCCAAAUUGGUUGCUUACUUUCUAUGGUUGGGCUUAACCUAAACAGCUCAGUAACAGACACAGCAAGUGUAGAUGUAUGUACCUUUUAAGAUGUAGAACUUAUAAAUCGGUUAACUCUGGGUGCAAAUAUUAAGCUACACUUUUAUCUUUGUCCUUGACAAAGUAUAAAACUCUUAGGAGAAAGCGCUAGUAGUUAAAACCUCAGCAAAGUAACUCUGAAUUUUUUCCUUCUACAUGGCAGUUGCUGUGGUGUGACCACAGAUACAUACGCAGAUCUCUUAACUAGGUCUGAGUACACGUGAAUCUUGUAUAUAUAGGGGCACUUGAUGCAAGUUACAUAAAAGCGUGUCCACUCCUCUGCCUGCUUUACAGGAACAUCUCUCUGCAAAGAUGUACAAGAAGAGUUUUCUGGCCUCUAACAUCUUUUUAAUGCAUUACUUAUAAUUCUGUUUAUAUUGUCUUAUCAUCUAGAGAAAUAUUUUAUUGAAAUACUUUAGUUUCUUGGCCUUGGGAGUUGUGUGACGGGAUUAUUCUCUAUGUCACCACAGUAAACUCCUUUGUGAUUUGCUUUGGUUACUAGAUUUGAGGCAGUCUUUCAUUUGUAUGUGAUUAGUAAAUUGUUUCUUUUCCACAUGUGCUAAGUAUCUAUGGUUUGGAGGUUUUAAUUAUAGAUGUUCUCGUAUGAAUAAACAGUUUCGUGACAAUGGACUUGAGUUACAGAUAAUCCUCAGACCUGAGAAAGGUGGAGGAGGGUCUGGGUCAGGAUCCAGGUCUAUCAAGCUAGAUGCAAGAACAAAGGACAGUUGUCAGGUGAGUUGGAAUAAGAGUGGGCAAGAGGGAGACCGUCAUGGGUGUGCACCUGUCCCCUUGCUGCCUUUCCUCUGCGCAUUUCCUCUUGGUGUGGGUUGUUCAUGUCUGGGGGAGGGGAACAGAAGUGAGGUGCCUGCACUUUGCUGGCAGCUUUGGCCACAUAGUUUGUGAGGUGGCUUUUUUCCUUUGUGUUCAGAGUGACUUCUGGUUCCAAUUAUUGAUGUUUGUGUGGAACGGCACUUUAUCUGUGUUUUAGCAGAACUGUUCCUCUGUAUCCUUUAAGGUUUUUCCUUGUUUCCUUUUUAAAUUAUACAGAUUUGGGUUGUUUUCAGGGGUGUGUGAGAGACAUUAAAGCCUUUAUUAUUAACCUUAUGUUAGUUUGACUUAUUUCUUUAAAGGGACAUGUUCCUGGAGACACUAAAUAGCCAGUUGUUUUAAAUGGAAAUCACCUUCUAUUGGCUUCUGAUUGGACUUCAUGUAGCAAACCCGUGUUCCUGGUAGUGUUAUUUGG